AAUGCUUGUUACCUACUCAUUUUUCAGUUCCCAAAUCUCUCCACCAUCUCCUGAGAGAGAGAGAGAGAGAGACAAGAAUCAGUAGUUCAACACCCCGAGCUUCGUAAAGUUUUGAUCUUUGCUUCAUUCCCAGCUCCGAUGGAGAGACCCAAAUGCAAGCUCUGCUUCAGGACCUUCGCCAAUGGCCGAGCUCUGGGUGGCCACAUGAAGGCCCAUCUGGCCAGCCUCAAGAUUCACCGACCCCACGUCGUCGAGUCGAUCACUUCGUCUCCUUCCUCCUCCUCCGGCGAAGGAGAGCAGGAAUCGUCGCGUGGAGAUCAGGAGAUCGAGGAGAAGUCCCUGAUUUACGGGCUGAGGGAGAACCCCAAGAGGAGCUUCAAGUGUGCAGAUCCCGAGUUCUCUUUCUCCGGCGGUUCCGGGUUCGCCGUCGUGCAGGACCGAGAGAGCGAGACCGAGUCGAGAAACCCGACUCAACGGCGAUCCAAGAGGAGCAGGAGAAAGCUGGGCAGCUGCAACAACAAUGCAGAGGGUGAGAGGCAGAGGAAGCCGAAGCCGAGCCAGCCGAGCUCGCCGGCUGAGCCGGAGCCAGUGAGCUCGGUGUCCGACACUUCGCCUGAAGAAGAUGUCGCCAUGUGCCUCAUGAUGCUCUCGCGGGACAGGUGGAGAAGAAAACGUCGCGAUGAUGACGAUGACGAUGACGAUGACGAUGAUCAUGAGGAAGUUCAGGAGGGCCAAAAAGGUGAUCUGCUGGGGAAUGGAGCAGAGAGGAAGCACCACCAGUGCGAGGUGUGCAAGAAAGCGUUCAGAUCUUCACAGGCGUUGGGUGGGCACAGAGUGAUUCACAGGAAGGCUCCUGGGCCAAUGGGUUGUCAGAAGAGGAGGCGAGAAGAUGAGAGAGAGAGGCGUGAUGACUCGGGCAAGGAAAUGGCUAUGGUGCGCAAGAAAGAGAGGGUCUACGAGUGCCCAUUCUGCGGGAGAGUGUUUGGGAACGGACAGGCUCUUGGCGGGCACAAGAGAUCUCACUUGAUGGGAUUAGGGGGAUCAAGUGGCGGUGGUGUUGGCGAUGGCGCUCAGAGCUCUAAGUCUAAGAUCUCAGCCAAUUUGAUAGAUCUCAACCUGCCUGCUCCAGCGGAGGAGGACGACUUCAGUGUAGUUUCUGAUGACGGAGAAUUCACCCAACUCAUCAAGAAUUGAAAAACACUCGAACAGAGAGACAGAGAUCGCAGAACAACUUUUUUUUUUUCAUCAUUGGUUCGGCUAGGUGACUGACACUCCAUUUCCAUUGAUCUUUGCCCAUUGGUUACGGUUAGGAAGAAAAGUUCUUCGCUUGCCCUUCUGGUGAUAGAUUAGAACUAAGGAUUAAUGAUCAGGUGCUUUUUAGUUCUCCAGUUACUUCUUCUUGCAAUGAAGCUCCAUUCGCUGUGACUGCACAUGGCUUCUUGAAAUUCUUCAGCUCACGACGGCAGUUAAUUCUCUGUGGCAAUGCUAGGAACAAAUUGUUGCUCGCUUUCACUCGGAGGCUGAGAGGGACAUCUUCAGAAAAGAAACAGUAUGAUCAACUUUCUUUCUCUCUCCUUUUUUUUUUUUUUUUUUGAAGGGGGGUUUUGGCUUUUUGCUUUUUGCUUUUUGUUUAGGCCCAAUUUUGCUGACAAUGUAAGUACAUUGGGGAUUGCUUGGAGACCAGGACAUGGUCUCUGCUCUGGAAAUGCACAGUGCUGCUCUGCCUCUGUUAUUAAUCUCCUGCAAUUCUUGUUUUAGCGCGCCUUCUUCAAUGGAACUUUUCAUCAUUCAGUACUCAUACAGCUCUUGUAUCUGUUGCAUCAAUCAGCAGGAAAUUACUUGGAACUCAUCUCGUCUCUCUCUGUUUCGCUCUCUUCCUUUUGUCCAAUGUCUAAGUUAAUGUUGCUAAAGCGUGAAGCAUGGAAUCAAAUCAUUUGAGCAUGAACCAGAAGGAUUUCCAAACUGGAAUUACACAAAUAACCUCCCAUCCCCACAUGAAGUUUUUU